AUGACGGCGUCCGCUUUACCGCUCGAUGGCAGCACUCACAUGCCGUCCAUGUAUCUCGAGUUUUUCUACCGUCAAGUGGAUACAGUGCUAGCUCUGGCCUAUGGAGGUGCCUGUUUCUUCGCCUUUUGGGCUUUUGCCAUGCACGCCCAGUCCCCUACGCGUCAGGCUGCGACGCUUGGCUUUUAUCUGCUCAUGGGGCUGGCCUCGCUCACUCGUGUGCUCUGGUUCGCCACACCAUACGGUACCCAGUCAGUGCUGAUGAAGCCACCUCGUAUCAUGAUGGGCGAGACUGGCUGGACUCAGUUUCUAGCAGCAGAAACUGUUGAGCUACUUGGCUCGUUCCUCCUCUACAGCGUCUUCGUGCUCGUCGUCGUCUUCUGGGCAGAUAUGCUGCGCCGUCUCUUUACGCACGAGAGUGUCCGGUCGCAUCCCUUGCGGCUCUUUUUCUCCAUCAUGAGUGCGAUGGUCACGGUUCAAGCCAUUGGCGUUGCUCUGUUUGCAACAAGGAGAGUGGAUUCGUACUGGCUCCUAAUCUAUGAUGACGUUGUCAUGUGUCUCCUCUCGAUCGGAUCGUUGGCGGCAGUGCUCGUGUACUCGUUCAGGAUGAAGACCGUGUUGCUAGCUUUUCUCGAGGUCAGCCAGAUUGACACAACAGACCGGAUCAAGGCUGUUAACUGGGCAACAUCCAUCUGCGCGUUUUUCCUCAUCGCGAACACUGUGUUUCUCACGUACUCACUCGUAAGUCUCGCGCAUUUCCACCAGGCAGGAGCGUACCUCGAGGACAAGUCGUGGUGGCUUUUUGUCGCGUCCAAGCAUCUCGUCGAGAUCUUUGUGCUGUACUUCCUACUUUACACGCUGUGGGGAAAGAGCUCGGAUGACGCAGAAAACUCAAAGGAGGGCUACGAGCCUAUUCCAGAUGGAAGUUACCUCGAUAGCGAGGAGCUCAGUGGCAAGAAUGCGUCAGGCUCGUUAGCCAGCACACCGAGACGCAACCGCUAG